AUGGGCAUCGACUUGCUCCGCCUGCCGACUGUUCACAUAGCAGGAACGAAGGGCAAGGGCUCGACCUCGGCGUUCGUGGAGCGACUUCUUCGAACAACAGGGCUGAAGACGGGUCUCUUCACCUCGCCCCACCUGAUAGACGUGAGGGAGCGAAUCAGGAUCAACGGAGCUGUUCUAUCCAAGGAAAAGUUCUCUGAUUACUUUUGGGACGUACACGAGGCUCUGUCGGGGUCGUACGGCAGCAGCCUCCAUUACUUUCAUUUCCUCACCGUCCUUGGGUUCUACGUGUUCCAGAAGGAGCAGGUGGACGUGGCGGUGGUCGAGGUAGGGCUAGGAGGGCUCAAGGACUCAACCAACGUCCUCCCUCAUCCUGUUGUCUGUGGAGUAACGCUGCUCGACUAUGACCAUGUUGCUAUCCUCGGCGAUACCCUCGACAAGAUCGCGCGGCAGAAGGCAGGGAUCUUCAAGCGAGGUGUCCCUGCCAUCACUGUCUAUGACCAGAAUUCUGAAGCGCAAGAUGCAUUGGAGGACACGGCAGCGGCAGUUGGAUGCCCGCUGUAUGUAGCUUCGAGGAUAGAAGACUACGAUGUCGGCAAGUACGAGAAUAUCUGCCUCGGUCUACAUGGGUCUUUCCAGCGGCAGAACGCCUCUCUAGCCAUCGCUCUGGUCCGCAUGUUUGCCAUUCGCAUGCAGGAGGACUGGACCCAAGACGCUUCUAUGCCUCUACAUGACAUAGAGUUGACCAGCCUAGCCAACACGAAAUGGCCAGGCAGAGCGCAGGUGCUUGACAGUCUCCCUGGCCUGCCGGGGGCGCGAGUCUUCCUCGACGGGGCUCACACCCAGGAGAGCCUCAAGUGCUGCAGCUUGUGGUUCGAGGAGGCGCUGACGAGAGCCUACGGCCACUCUCGGCCUCAAGGAUGCGCCCCCUUCAAGACCAUCUUGUUGUUCAACACCACCGGCGGAAGGAUCGCGCAGAACCUGCUCUCGCCGCUUGCGAAGCUUGUCCGCCCUUACCGGCAGUGUAGCUGCAGUGCUCCGUGCCCUUGCAGAGACAGGAAGAGAAACCUCUUUGACCUUGUGCUCUUCCUACCCAACGACUCCUCAUUGUCGUCAGUAGCCAAGAGUGCUGAGGUCCGGCUUUGA